AUGGCCGACGCAGAGCUCGAGGAGAUCAGGCGAGCUCGCCUUGCGCAGCUGCAGCAACAGCAGGGUGCCCCGCGCGGAGGCCUUGUCCAGGGUGGAGGACAGGGUGGAAGCCAGGAAGAACAGAGACAAGCCGAAUCGGAACGCCGCGCCGCCAUUAUGAACCAGAUCCUCGACCCCGCCGCCGCGGACCGCCUAGGCCGCAUUCGCCUCGUCAAGGAACAGCGCGCCACCGACAUUGAGAACCGGUUGAUCAUGUUGGCCCAGACCGGCCAGCUGCGAUCAAAGGUCACAGAGGAGCAGCUCAAGGAGCUUCUGAAUGCCGUGGCCGAGAACCAGCGCAAGGAAGAGGAAGAGCAGAAGAUCGUGAUUAGUCGGCGCAAAGGCGGCUGGGAUGAUGACGAUGACCUCCUCGACCUGUGA